GUACAUCUGACAAACCAUAGCACGACGGCACAAGACAAGAUACAGUCUCAGUACAGCGGGAGCAGCUUAGGACUGGUCGAAGCGGACGAAUUCAUCUUUGGGCUUGGUGAUUACAUUGGAAUUUUGGUUCGGAUCAUCAAGGUGUCAGAAUGGGUCGCUAUGCGGCAAUGGUCAGCGGACCAGCCGGCUCUGGCAAAUCGACGUUCUGCACAGCAUUGAUCACACAUGCCCAGAGCAUCGGCCGAAAUGUCCAUCUGUUCAACCUUGAUCCGGCGGCGGAACGGUUCGAGUACGAGCCCAGCAUCGAUAUCAAGGAGCUCAUCACGCUGGAAGACGUCAUGGAGGAGAUGCGCUUGGGACCAAAUGGAGGAUUGAUAUAUUGUUUCGAAUAUCUGCUCGAUAACCUCGACUGGCUCGAAGACCAACUAGGGCAAUUCGACGACGACUACAUCAUCAUCGACUGCCCGGGACAAAUUGAACUCUACACGCACUUCCCCAUCAUGUCCCGGUUGAUCAGCGUGUUGCAACAGCAAUUCAACUUCCGAAUAUGCGCAUGCUACCUGCUUGAGUCGCAGUUUAUGGACGACAAGACAAAAUAUUUUGCUGGCGUGCUCAGCGCAAUGAGCGCAAUGAUCAAUCUCGAGGUUCCGCAUCUCAACUUGAUGAGCAAGAUGGACCUCGUUGCCAAAGGCGAGACGGGUGAUGCGAUACAGACUGGGCGACGAAGAGAGAUGGAGAGAUACUUCGACCCCGACCCGCUGCUGCUUGUUGACGAGGUGAAUAGCAAGACAAACCCACGUUUCCAUGCGCUGAAUCAAGCAGUGGUGCAACUGAUAGAGGAUUUCAGCAUGGUGUCUUUCAUGCCGCUGGACGUGACGGACGAGGACAGCGUCGGCUCGGUCCUAUCGCACAUCGACAAUGCGUUACAAUACGGCGAGGAUGAGGAGCCGAAAGAACCAAAAGACAUGGAUAUGGGAGACUUUGAAGAAUAAGGAUAUUGAUCGGUUCUAUCAAUUUUGCAUUGCGAUUGGGUAAUGAUACUUGUAGCAUACAACGAAUCCCCUGCGCGCUCGCGCUCAUGGCACGACUC